CGUGUCUCGCUGCAGGAUGAAAGCAGACGUUAGUUUCGGUUACGGCCGCCGAGCGACGACCGCGGGGACGUACGUCGCCUGGAGACGCUCUGAGCAGCCUCUACGGCUACACGAGUGGCCCUUUAUUACACGUACACACACGGAGCUUAUCCGCCACAGCGGGGGACUUUUAUAACUUGUCCUCCGACACAAGGAAGAGAGAGGAAAUAGCGGAAUUCAUCGUGUCGGGCUCUGUCCUUCCUGUUCGGCCCUUUUGUUUUUCAGUGCUUCGCUCGAGCAGGCGACCAACAGCGCCCCCGUGCGAGACACCCGGGAACACUUCGAGGAUAGGGAGCCAGGCGAGCGGCCGAGCUUCUUCCCUCCCGUGCGACGUGGGUCCCGCCAGCUCAGUUGUCCGAUGCGGAGUGAGGAUGAGUCCCGCCCUGGAAGCCCUCAUGCAGGCGGACGGGACUCCUUAUCCCGGGAAAGGGGUGAUGCUUGAGCCCUUCGUGCACCAGGUCGGGGGCCACUCCUGCGUGCUGCGAUUCGGGGAGCAAACAAUCUGCAAGCCCCUCAUCCCGCGCGAGCACCAGUUCUACAAGAGCCUUCCCCCAGAGAUGAGGAAGUUCACCCCGCUGUACAAAGGUGUAGUGUCAGUCAGUUUCGAGGAGGAUGAGGAAGGGAACCUGUGCCUCAUUGCCUACCCCCUCCACAGUGAAUCAGGGGACCUAGAAAACAAAGAUCCCUCAGCAGACUGUGAGCCCAAAAGCAAGAUGCUGAAGUGGAGCAACAAGAAGCAGUCCGCUCUGCUUCUGGAGAACGACAAUUACAGCAAAGACCGAGUGCGACACGGACGUAAAGAAGACAAGAUCAUGAGUUAUAAUCUUGAUGAGAUGGUGGUGCAGCAGCAGCAGCAGCAGCAGCAGCAGGCAGAGGUGCUUUACUUCAGCCUGGAGAAAGGCAACGUAGUUCCACAGAUCAAACACAACCCCUGGAGUCUCAAAUGUCACCAGCAGCACCUACAGAGGAUGAAGGAAAAUGCAAAGCACCGUAACCAAUACAAAUUUAUUCUUUUGGAGAACCUGACAUGGCGAUACACAGUGCCAUGUGUCUUAGACUUGAAGAUGGGAACUCGCCAGCAUGGGGAUGACGCAUCCGAGGAGAAGAAAGCCAAUCAGAUCCGCAAGUGUCAACAGAGCACAUCUGCCUCCAUUGGAGUGCGACUUUGUGGCAUGCAGGUGUACCAGUCAGACUCGGGCCAGCUGAUGUUCAUGAAUAAGUACCACGGCCGCAAGCUGACCCUCGCAGGCUUCAAGGAGGCCCUUUACCAGUUCUUCCACAAUGGGCGCCGUCUGCGUCGAGAGCUGCUGUCCCCGGUGCUACGCAGACUCCGGGAAAUGCAAGCUGCCCUGGAGGCCUGUGAGUCCUACCGCUUCUACUCCAGCUCGUUGCUCAUCAUCUAUGAUGGAGACCCCCCCAGGACUCCGACUAGACCGAGACACCGCGGUGGCGAAGAAGGGGAUGAGGACGAGCCAUCAGAUGAGGACGAGGAAGAGGAGGGGGCCUUUGGUUUCCCUCGUUCCUCUGCAGGCGGCAGCGCCAGUGUGGCCGCAGGGAGCAGCAACAGUGGCAGUAGUCGCUCCUCCCACAGCACAGGCGACGCCCACAGCCCCGCGGUGGACGUGCGCAUGAUUGACUUUGCUCACACCACCUGUCGGCACUAUGGAGAAGACAGUGUGGUGCACGAAGGCCAGGACACCGGUUUCAUCUUCGGCCUACAGAACCUGAUCACUAUUAUCUCCCAGCUGGAAGAUCACAGUACUGAUUGAAGCUGCACUGGAACCAUUAUGGUCUGAAUUCCAAGCCUGUGGAAAGAGCUCACUGAGCUGAAAUCCUGCUAGUCCAAGGUGCAUAGUCCUCACGCUUAUGUGGGGGUCUGACCCUCCUCUGCACGGAGGGAACCUCAGACACCUCAGGGUCAUGGGAGAGUCUGUGUGGUCGUCGUGCACUCCCCCUUAACUGCCAGAGGACAGGGCUGCCUGUGCCCUUACUUGCACUUUUGUCUUUCUGAGACUGCUCAUUUUCUUUGCUAUUCAUGGUAGGAGAAGUGCUGUGUGAGACAGAGUUCUCCCAACAAACACCAGGACUCCUGUAGCACCCUAGGACUCUCCUCCCCCUCGCACCCCUCUGGUACAGACAACUUCAUUGUUAAGUUCUCUCUGAGAGAGAAGGAGCGAGGCAGAGAUAAAUGAAGCAAGAGUGUAGUUCUAGGAGCCUGGCGUGGUGCUUUACCUGUGUUAUUACAUAACUUUUUUUAAAUGAAGUUUGGACUGCCAGUAGUACUCAACAGCAAAGCACAUUACUAGUGGAGGAGAUGACGUACAAGCUGACCUCGGUUGGCUAGGACAGCCGUCUUGUAGCAAGUGACAACUUAAGCUUCUGAUAAGGACUAUUUGUGUUUAUAUUGGUGUGUCUUAAGACCCUCAUAACAAACGUGGAUUGUGUGUCCACCGGGCACGUGGAUUUCUUUUGUGGAAGAACAAGAUUAUUUAGGUCUAGAAGAAGGGAUUUGCCUUUUUUCAAAAGCUGUUCUCCCCCCUGUACUUUUUUUUGCCUAUAAACAAAAGACAUUUUGUAAAGGGGAUAUUAUCCUUGUUUGGUCACUGUAUUUGUUUUUGUCUGAUUUUCUUUUUUUCUCUUCAUUCCCAAAUUUUUGACUGAGCAAAGAGCAUAUAUUGAUAAAAAAACAUGCUAUAAAAACUAUAGAGACUAUUUAUUUGAAAGAAUUGUUUAAAAAAUAAGUGGAAACGUGUACAUUCCAUAUUACCACUCUAAAUGUUCUGAUAGCAGCUUUGAUUUAUUUUGUUUAUUGCAAGAGAUGAUCCCUCUCUUGUAUACCGGUGUGUUCAGUGUCUUGGAAAAUAAAGGCAUUAAUUUGUGGUUAAAGAAAA